AUGCCUCUCAGCACCUCCACCUACGGUAAAGACAACGUCAAGUUCUUGAAAAUCAAGAAAGACCCAGCCAAUCCAAAGAUCCAAGAAGUCAUCGAGGUGUCUUGCAAAGUGUUGCUCGUUGGUGAUUUCGACGUCAGUUACACCAAGGCCGAUAACUCUCCUAUUGUUCCUACUGAUACCGUCAAGAACACCGUGCUUAUCUUGGCCAAGACCCAGAAAGUUUGGCCAAUUGAAAGAUUUGCCGCUAAUUUGUCCAGCCAUUUCUUGAAGAAGUACGCCCACGUCUCUGCCGUCGAUGUGGAAGUCGAACAAUUGCCAUGGAAGAAGUACCAAGUCGAUGGUAAAUUACACGACCACUCAUUCAUUAAGUCCGGGACCGAAUUGAGAGUGACCAAGGUCCAUCAAAACCGUGCUGGGGACUUCAACUUGACUUCGGGACUCAAAGAUUUGACGGUGCUCAAGAGUACCAACUCGAUGUUUUACGGAUACCACCAGUGUGAUUUCACCACCUUGAAAGAAACCAAGGACCGGAUCUUGUCGACUGAUGUCGAUGCGGUGUGGACCUGGGAUCCAAAGAAGGUGACGGUUGCCAAUAUUGACACUUUGGCCGAUGGUGGGGCGUUUGACAAGACUUUUGACAGCGCUCGCCAAACCACUUUGGAUCUUUUUGCUACUCAAAACUCCCCAUCGGUGCAAGCCACGAUGUACGAUAUGGGGACCGAGAUCCUCAAGAACAACUUGUUGGUGAAGGAUGUGAGUUACAAUUUGCCAAACAAGCAUUAUUUCCUUAUUGAUUUGAGCUGGAAAGGGUUGUCGAAUGAUAAUGAGUUGUUUUAUCCAUCAUGGCAUCCAAAUGGGUUGAUCAAGUGUACUGUGGUCAGAGAACCAAAGGCGAAGUUGUGA